GUUUCCAUGCUUCCCCCUCUGACGGUACCAGACUUCCGGUGACGUCAUCGGCUCGCCACUUCCCCGUGUGUGAGACCCUGGCUCCCCAAACAAACAUGGCCGCUAAGGAAGUUCCCGGUUUGGUAUAGAGCUCAGGUCAUUGAACAGCAAAUAUGGCUGGAUAUCAUUCUUAUAUUGGCUACCCCUGGAUCAUUGACUACCUUGCUAGAUAUGACAGUGCUGCUGCUAGGCAAAAACCUGUCCCUGGUCAGGUGGUCGAGUUUCUGAGGAUGCCAGAUUGUCAGUAUCCAGAAGCUGUCAUCAAUAUUUCUGAUCAGAAGUACUACAUCAGAGCAGUCAUCACCAAGAAGGCACAGCAGAUACUAGAAAGUGAAGAUGAACACUUUACGUUAGCGGAUAUCAAGAACAAGAUUAUCAUUUUGAAAAACUUCUCAGUGUGUUUCACUGCAGUUGACGAUCUGAGAAGGUGUGAAUUUUACCUAACCGUUGAGCAUUUUAGUGUACUGCCCAUGGAGACAAACACAGUGGACAUACUAAACUGUAACAUGGAGCCAGGAGUGCAGAAGAAGAUCAAGGAAUUGUGGCAGAACUACAUGACAGAGCUUGAAAUUAAUGAGAAUUCAACCGAUAUGAACUUAUCUGACGUGUCUCUUACCCAGUUACUGAUGGUUGCAAGUGAAGAGAAAUUUCACACUUUGAAAUCCAUUGCUGAAAAGUGUCUUGAGCUUGACCCAUCGGCUACUCGAGAUAAUCCACCACAGACUUUUUGGAGUAUAGAGAGAACAAGAAGCCAGGAGACUACAGAAAGAUUAGUUAUCCCUGUAGAUUUGCUUCUUAUUCCUCCACAUGAGGAAGCAGUUCUGGAAGAGAUGGCAGAGUUCAGGUAUGAAGGUCAGUGCCCCAGUGAAGUUGCAGAAUCUUCUGAAGAAGAUAAUUCUUCACAGCCAUACAGUACAGCGUUGUCUACUCUUUCAGAGGAGACCAUUGAGGUCGAGCCAAGCAGUCAAUCUGGAAAUCCCUGGAACAAGCUAAAUUCCCUUUGCAUCAGUGUUCCUCCAAGUUUGGAUUCCCAGCCAAAGUGCUCACAUUCUGGUGCCCAAAAGAGAAGAGAGAGUGAGGUUGACUCGGAUCAAGACAGUAGCACUCCUGAUAUAUUCACAAGUGUUGCAGAUAUAUCUAUGGAUGACUCUUGUAAUGACAAGAUAGAGAUUUUCCCUUUGCUGUUUACAGGACAUGUUUCCAACCCACAACAGCCUAGUACAAGUAAAACCCAGCCUACCCAUGCCAGUAGUGAGCCUAACCCUCACUGCAGACAAGGAAACUUAAAUACCAGUAUUGCCUCUGUCAGUCUGACACAUCUUACUCAAGACUCAGUAAAAGACUUACCACAGAGACGUUUGUCAGUGGAAAGUACAGUUCAUGUAAGUCCAAUGAAGUCUUAUACAUCAGAAAUGAAAAGCAACCCUGAAAGUAAAAGUGAUGACAUCGAUAGAGAGAAAUUCUCUUCUCCGAGAACAAGGAAAGCCUCAAAGAGGAAGCAAACUUUGGAGGAUCUGGAGAGCACUCUUUCAGACCUGGAGCAGCAGGAGCCGGAGUAUGUAGACAGGCCAGAUUGUUUGACUACUACUUUGCCUUCUGCUGGAGAAAUUGACAAAGUGUCUGAUAAUGGUGGUCAGACUGCAAUAAGUAAGCAUAUAGAGAAAAGAGAAGCAGCAGUGCCUGUUUCAGGUGUCCAAAAAAAUCAUAAAUCCAGCAACAAGAGAAUAAAAAGACAUAAACCUAUCUUACAGUUUGUGUGCAAUACAAACAUCCUCGCAACUAAAGACUCUGCAAAUGAUCAGUUAACUGCAAAGGGGCUUAAGACAAGUAAAGUCUGCAUACAGGAAGCACCCGCUAAGGAAAGGCAUGGACAGUCUCUGCCUUUGCAGGCCAAAGAAAAGAUCAUAGUAGACACCGUGGAAGUAGGAACCACUAAACUGGCCCACCGUGAUGGAUCGCCCUUUCAGUAUAAGUACAAGCCUCCCUCUGAAGAGCUCUGUGCCUGUGUGAACGCUAUACAGAUGCCAGCAGAUCUGUGUGAUUGGGCUGUAAAGAUGUUGUCAGAAGUACAAGAAAAAGUUCUGUAAAUAGCUAUUCUACCCACUUAACAUUACAUUAACCUGCCCAUAAGCCUAAACCUCAUAGAUAUUGUUCUUGCCUGCACAGAAGACUCACGUUAGACCAGCAAAGAAUCCGCUUCCAAGCAGCUUUUGUUACAAUGUUUGUAAUUUACGGAAACAAACCUAUUUUUUUUUUUUACAUAAAAAGAGUAAAUAACAAUAAAAUAUCACCACUAAUGAUUAAAAUAUGUUUGGUCCUUUGCUAAA